GCUUCAAUCCAAAAUAUCUCUAUCAUUUAACGUGGAAGUUAACUCUUGACCCUUCAAUUAAACAGAAUUAAAGAUAGAUCUUUGCUGUUCGCUUCUCCAUUAAGGCUUCACCUUUUCACAAUUUGAUUUCAUCAUCAUCAUCAUCAUCAUUCGUAACUGUUUUACUCAACAAAACAAAAACAUGCCUUCUCGUUGUGAAAUUUUCUGCGAGAUUUUGAUCGCUAUUUUGCUUCCUCCAUUGGGAGUCUGCCUCCGCCAUGGUUGUUGCACUGUACGGAUUCCUUCUCUCUUGCUUUUCCUUUUUUAAUGUCUUUUAAUUUUU